AUGGUUGAACUCUUGUUUCUUCUAUCCUUUUUGGUGGAACUACAAAGUAAUUGCUUUCAGAUAAAUCUUGAGAACGAACUAAUGAAAAAUGGAGUGAGUUUUAUUUCAUUACUUUUUGAGAAACCAGUUUCAUGGUUGUCUUUUAUCGCCCCACCACUUCUUCACAUCGUAGGGCUUGAUUUCUCGCAAAUCAUCCUAACCUCAGCUGCUGUGUUCUUCUCCUCUUUUUUCUUCUCCUCUUUCUUAUUCCCUCUCACAAUCCAAAAACCAAACCCUAUGAUAGACUCCAAGGUUCAAGCUGAGGAUCUUGGUCAACAAGACACUUUAGGAAACAUCGAAAUAUCUAGGAGCACUGAUGAUAUUGUCAGAAAUAAAGAUGAAGAAGAGGGAACAAUUCCUGAUGAGGAAAGCCUUAUAGAACUCUCCUUACCAAGCGGUCACUACGUUGGUCAGCAAUUCAGUACUAUGACUGGACAUCAAGAUUUCGGGCAUAUCCAACUAUUAGCCGAGUCUGAAGAUGAUAAUCUGAUCGAAAUCGAUAUUUCAAUCGGAUCCAUCGGAUUUUCCAGGUUUCAGUUCAAAGCCUGA